UGAAGAGAACAAUGUAACUGUGAAGAAGUACGGAGAGCCAAACAAAGCCUUAAAUCAAAACAAUUGAUCUUCCCUUUCUCAUCCUAACUAAACCCUAAUUUAUAUUCACUUUACCAAAUUAAAAGCUCCGAGAACUUCGCACUAAUGGACAAUCACCUAACGGCGCCUGUACGUUCGCGGAGCACGCAAUCUCCGUCGCCGUCACACUCCGCCUCGGCCUCCGCCACCUCAUCAAUCCGCAAACGAAAGCGCGCGUCUGAGAACCACGCGCCGCCCUUCCCGUCCUCGUUUUCCGACACUCGUGACGGCGCGCUGACCUCCAACGACGAAAGCAUCAGCGCCCGCGGCAAUGAUUCUGACUCGUCCGACGAGUCAGAAGAGGUCGUGGACGAAGACGAAGAAGAGUAUGAUGAUUCGAUGCGCACGUUUACGGUUAAUCGGUUGGAGAAUAGUGUGGGACCGUCAGCACGGACUACGAAGCUCAAAACUGAAAAUUCAGUUAAAGUUGAACCGAAUUUGGCGGGAAACUCUGUUACAGGGGAUCCAGUGGUUGGACAGAGCGCGGCGAGGUUAGGAGGUAAGGAGGAUACGGCUAAGAGUAUAUUUACGGAGAAUAUACAGACUGGAGGUGCUUAUAGUGCUCGAGAAGAGAAUUUGAAAAGAGAAGAGGAAGCAGGGCGACUCAAAUUUUCAUGUGUAAGAAAUGAUGGUAUUGAUGAGCAUAUGGUUUGGUUAAUAGGAUUGAAGAAUAUAUUUUCUAGGCAACUGCCUAAUAUGCCAAAGGAGUACAUUGUGCGUCUUGUGAUGGACAGCUUCAUGAAUCUGGUAUCAGAAAGUAGAUACAUAACUCAUAAGUCUGUAAUGCUUGUCAGAAGUAACACAGUUGUUGGUGGGAUAACAUACCGACCAUAUUUAAGCCAGAAGUUUGGCGAGAUAGCUUUUUGUGCAAUAACAGCAGAUGAACAAGUAAAAGGUUAUGGCACUAGAUUGAUGAACCAUUUAAAGCAACAUGCACGUGAUGCUGAUGGUCUGACUCAUUUUCUGACUUAUGCUGAUAAUAACGCUGUUGGAUAUUUUAAGAAACAGGGCUUCACCAAAGAAAUAUACUUGGAGCAAGAGCGGUGGCGUGGGUAUAUUAAAGAUUAUGAUGGAGGGAUACUUAUGGAGUGCAAAAUCGAUCCCAAGCUGCCGUACACUGAUUUGUCAACUAUGAUCAGACGUCAGAGGCAGGCAAUUGAUGAAAAGAUACGAGAACUAUCAAAUUGUCAUAUAGUCUACCCUGGAAUUGAUUUCCAAAAGAAAGAAGCUGGUGUACCUAAAAGAGUCAUUAAAGUUGAGGACAUUCCUGGUUUAAAGGAGGCUGGAUGGAGUCCUGAUCAGUAUGGUCAUUCACGAUUUAAAUUAUUAAGUGCCUCUGCAGACAACACAUCUAAUCAAAAGCAAUUGACUGCCCUCAUGCGUGCACUUCUGAAGGCUAUAUAUGACCAUCCCGAUGCUUGGCCAUUUAAGGAACCAGUCGAUUCACGUGAUGUGCCUGAUUAUUACGAUAUAAUAAAAGAUCCCAUGGACCUGAAGACGAUGUCAAAGCGAGUUGAAUCAGAGCAAUACUAUAUGACGCUCGAAAUGUUCGUUGCAGAUGCCAAAAGGAUGUUUGCAAAUGCGCGCACAUAUAACUCUCCUGAAACCAUCUACUAUAAAUGUUCAUCUAGGUUGGAAGCACAUUUCACGUCAAAGGUUCAGUUAGGUCUUCAGUCGGGUCUCAAAAUCCAACAUUAGUGUGACGGAAGUUGGUGUACACACGGGGGCUCAUAUAACACCUGGUGUCGCAAACAAAUAAUUCAGUCAAACUGCACCUAUAUAUGUUGGGAUGGAUGUUGUAUCAUCAUUCAUAAAUGUAUUUUAUGUGAUAUCUUAGCUUUUCUUAUCCUCAAAUAAUAUGGGACGUACGCCCUUUUGAAAAUGUUGUGCCUGAUUUGCAACCAAGAAAAAGUACUUCUUUUCCAAAGAAGCUGACUUCUAAUCUUCUAAUCCCGUUUGUGUAAAAAAGCAGAAGCACAAGUUACAAGUGUUAGUUUUUCUCU